AUCUCCAGAAUGGAAUGAAUCGAUCCAGCAUACAAAUGUCCAACCAACUUCUCGUAUUCAUACUUUUUCUUAGCGUUCUAGCGCCCACGCUAUCCAUCUAUAAGUCAAAACAAAAACCGAACUUGUUGUCGAAAACUGUUGAUAAUAGUAUAACGUGCGACUUUUCGAUUCACAAAAAGGGACCUUAUGGACAAGUUGUUUCAGGAGCAUCUCUUGACGACGAGAUUUACUAUAAAAUAAAGUGUAAGCCAAUAACUGGAAAUUGCCUCCAAGUUGUAAAUUGCACAUUGAGCUCGGAUGAGCCAGGUUUCCAGCCAUACCCUAUUAUUGAUGAUAUGGGAUGUAGCCUUGAAGAGUCACUGUUCAAAAAUGUUCAGUAUCCAAACCACUUUGAGGCGGGAAUCUUCAAUCCCUUCCCAAUUCGGUUCCGUGCGUCGUCUGCCGCCGUUGUCUUGUUCUGUGUAACAACUGUGGUUCCAAUUGAACAUGGGCAGUGUACUCGCAGAAAAUGUCAAUAGAUGAAGUUUCAUGUUCAUUUACUUUUCACUUCUGUGAUUUUAUUUAACAACUUCGAUUUUAAAUCUAUGGUUAUCUGGUGUUUUGUCAUUUAAAACAUUUUAAAGUACACGUUUUCAUUGAAUGAAUAACAUGCAUAUCAC